AUGUGCGGCUGUCCUCGCGUUAUUCUGGCAAUCAUGCUGGGGCUGGCAUAUGGCACCUAUGAUGGCCAGCUGCCAGAAGACAUCUGUGACACGACCGGCCAAUGCGAAGUCUCUCUCCGACAGCUGCGCGGGGAGGUGAAGUUGCAGCAGGACAUGGACAUCUGGCACCAGAACGAAAGUGCGGACGCAGCGAUGCAUGCUGAUAGAGUCGAGGCGAUCUUGGACGUGUACUUCAAGGACAUCAACAUGACCGGGCGUCGCAUCGCGAAGGCAAUCCACAAUGAACAAACUUGGGCAGCGUGUGCUAGUGUGGACUGGACGCAAGAGGCGUUGGAGUUCGAUUCCACAGGAAGGCUCGGGGCAAUGAGGAAGCGGUUGGGAGUGGAUGCGUACUGUGCCGAGAACAAAACGGACGUCACAUGCCUGGCAAUUGAGGCCGCCGUGCUUGCUUCUAUUGAGCUGGUAAUCAAGGGUUUGAGUCCUAGGUUCGCCAAGUCUGCAGUGAGCGAAUACGGAAUGCACCCUUCUUGGGUGGAAGGCUCCGUGAAGAGGCCUGUGCGACGAGAAAUGCCACCUCGGGCCGAGGUGUUGGACGGCACGGGCGUGGUGGGAUACGGUGAUUGCUCAAUUCUCCGAACCGUUCUGACCGGCAGCCCACACCAACAGCAGCAGGGAACGUGCGGGUGGGUUUCGAGCCUCGGGGCACUGAGCUGGGCAGCCCCGGCCCAGGCAAUCAAGAUGGGCAUGCGACUCUUCUGGACCGGAACCAUGUUGAAGUCCAUCAAGACGUGUGCCAACAUCUAUGACUUGCAGCCAGGACUUGUGCCCCUGGUGAAAGGUGGAGCGGAGCGCGUGCUCUGUUACAAGCACUGCAACGCCUUUCUCAGAGGGAUGGCUGCCAGUACAAGCUUCUGGGGUGACGGUCAUGUGGACCUAUGCAUUGUUGAGCAGCUUCGUUGA